GUGAGAAAAGAGAAUGGCGGCAUCCGGUGCUGCUUUGUGCCUCUCCGUUGUCCUGCUCCUCGUCGCCGUCUGCUGCCGCUCCGACGUCGACUUCAUCUACCAGGGCUUCCAGCACGCGCCCAACCUGAGCCUGGACGGGUCGGCGUCGGUGCUGCGCGGCGGCGCGCUCCAGCUCACCAACGGCAGCGAGCGCCUCGUCGGCCACGCCUUCUACGGCUCCCCCGUGGCUCUGGGCACGCUCGACAACCAGGGAGACCUCGCGGUCACCUCCUUCAGCACGGCCUUCGUCUUCGACAUCGUGACCAUCGGCACCGGCGGCGGCCACGGCCUCGCCUUCGUGGUGGCCCCGUCCAGGGCGCUCCCCGGGGCGUCGCCGGAGAUCUACCUCGGCGUCCUCGGGCCGACCACCAACGGAAAGGCCUCCAACCACGUCUUCGCCGUCGAGUUCGACACGGUCACCGACCUGGAGAUGAAGGAGACCAACGGCAACCACGUCGGCGUCGACGUCAACAGCCUCGUGUCCAACGUGUCCGAGCAGGCCGCGUACUACACCACCGGCGCCGACGGGGAGGACAGGAAGAUGCCCGUGAAGCUGGAGAGCGCACAGCAGAUCCAGGCGUGGAUAGACUACGACGGCGGUACCAGCUUGCUCAACGUGACCGUCGCCCCGGUGUCCGUGACUGACCGACCGCAGCGGCCGCUCAUAUCGACAAAGCUUGAUCUCCGGUCGGUCUUCAAGGAGAACAUGUACAUCGGCUUUUCUUCAGCGACCGGGAAGCUCGCGAGCUCGCACUACAUCCUGGCAUGGAGUUUCCGGACUAAUGGGCUCGCCCAGCCCAUUGAUCUCCGGCGGCUGCCGAAGGUCCCGAGGCAGAGAACGCCGGCUCCCAAGGUCCUCAUCAUCAAAUUUGCCGCCGUGGCUUGUGCAGGGACACUCGCUUUGGUUGCCGCGGCGAUGGUUACUGCGCUCUGGCUCCGGCAUAGGGCGGCGCUCGCCGACAAGAUGGAGGACUGGGAGCUAGAACACCCCCAGAGGAUUCCAUACAUCGAGCUCUACAAGGCGACCAAGGGGUUCAAGGAGAGCGGGCUUCUCGGCUCGGGUGGUUUCGGCCACGUGUACAAAGGUGUGCUCGGACGUCGUCGGUCCGGCUCCGGCUCCGGCUCCGCGUCCGGCGAGGAGGUGGCCAUCAAGCGGAUCUCCAGCGGCACCAAGCAAGGGAUGAGGGAGUUCGUGGCGGAGAUCUCGAGCCUCGGGCGGAUGCGCCACCGUAACCUGGUGGAGCUGCGCGGGUGGUGCAAGCAUGGCGAUGACCUGCUCCUCGUCUACGAGUUCAUGCCCAACGGCAGCCUCGACGCGCACCUGUUCGGCGGGGGCAAGGUGCUCACGUGGGCGCAGCGGCUCAGCGUCAUCCGGGGCGUGGCGCGCGGCCUGCUGUACCUGCACGAGGAGUGGGAGCACGUGGUGGUGCACCGCGACGUGAAGGCUAACAACGUGCUGCUGGGCGCCGACAUGGGCGCGCGGCUGGGCGACUUCGGCCUGGCACGCCUCUACGAGCACGGCGCGGCCCCGGGCACCACGCGCGUGGCCGGCACCCUGGGGUACAUGGCCCCCGAGCUCACCGUGACCAGCCGAGCCACCACGGCCACCGACGUCUUCUCCUUCGGCGCGCUGCUGCUCGAGGUCGCGUGCGGCCGCCGGCCCGUCGAGCCGGGCGAGGCGGCGGACGUGAUCCUUGUGCGGUGGGUCCGGGACUGCGGGCUGGACGGCGACCUGAUGCGGGCCGUGGAUCCGAGGCUGGAUGGGUGCUACGACGCCGCGGAGGCGAGGCUGGUGCUGUGGCUGGGCAUGGUGUGCAGCCAGGGCCGGCCUGAGGCGAGGCCAAGCAUGAGGCAGGUCUGCCAGUUCCUCAACGGCGAGGAGGUGCUGCCGGAGGACGCCGUGCUCGUGUUCUCGGAUCCUGACUCGUCCGUGUUCCCUGGGUCCGUGCUCUCCUCCAUGACCUGGUCCUCCUCCUGUGGCACCAUGUCGGUCGGCUCGCUGCAUGGCGGCCGGUGAGCUGUGGGGUACUAGAAGGUUAACUAACUGGUCUAGAUGUAUUGCGCAUGUGCACUUCGCCAUGGAUGCCCACUUGUUCUGUGUGUACGAAUGAGAGGGUGUUUGUUUUCAGGGACUUAUUGGCU